CUGCUUGACCGCCGAGAACCGGAAGUCAUGUCCAAAAUUAGUCUUAAAACAAAAAAUUAUAAUAACAAGUGUUAUCAAAUAUUAGGAAUACUUUUUCAAAUUACGCAGACGUAGUCCAACUCCAACUUUGCGUCUUGGAACAAAAUCAUUGUCGCUUAAACGUCAACGUUGUUUUUUGUUUAAACAACGAAACGCCGAACGCCGGGCCGGUUGGUUGGUUAUUGGUUGGGCGCCUAGUGCUUACCUAGGCUUUGACCACUUUGAGCCUUUGAGGGUGUUGACAACUCACUAGCAGGACAAAGUAUUGCAAAGUUGUUGCUCUGUUGUUCAUCUGACAGUUCUUAACAUGCCGAGAAACAUUGAAAUCAAGGCUGUCAUUUCAAAUUUUGGAGCGUUCCUGCACAAAGUAAAGGAACUUAGUGGCGCUACUGAUACAACUUUCAAACAAGUUGAUACUUUUUAUGAAGUGCCAAAUGGUCGCUUGAAAUUGAGGGAACAGGAGGGGCAAGAUCCUCAACUUGUUUUCUAUGAUAGGCCAGAUGAAGACGGUCCAAAACUCAGUGAUUACGAGUGCUGCAAUCUCCCUGCUGACACAAACUUGAAAUCUGUCCUUAGUCGAGCCAUGAAAGUGAAAGGUGUCUUGAAGAAAUCUAGAACCCUUGUAAUGAUUGGUCAAACACGUGUUCACAUUGAUAGGGUUGAAGGACUUGGAGAUUUCAUGGAGCUGGAGGUUCAGUUAUCUGACUCUGAAACAGUCGAAGAGGGUGAGAAAACUGCCAAAAGCUUAAUGGAAAAGUUGGGAGUUCCAGAGGAAAAUUUAUUGAGAGGCGCCUAUAUGGACCAUGUCCUGGUUAAGCAAGCAGAAAACCGAUUGUAAAAUUUAAAUAUUGUUUUAAAAAUAAAACAAUUUUAUCACUAUUA